AUGGCUUCGAAAGAGGGACCUCCGGAGGUCCCAAAGCUGGCGCCAGACCUUGAGAUUGUGGGAGAUCAGGUCAGAAUUCAGCCUACCGGAUUUACAGCCGGGAUCGAGGAAACAGAUGGCAUUACCGAACGCCGGUUGAUGCACCAGAUGGGCAGAUUUCGAGAGAACCCUUUUGAUUUCUUACGAGAAAUCAGCCUCUUUGUGUCAGGUACAGGGUGGCGUGCAUACGAUGAUUUUAUUGGUCAGCCCAUCUUCUACUCUGGCUUCUCUGAGAAGAUGAAGUCAUCUGUAGCAAGCCACUCGCUGCUAGUCGGCAAGAUUGAAGAGCUGGCAGAAUCGCGGGUUAAGACUGAGGAGGUCGAAGGGCUCCUGAGUGUUACUGCGCCGGCGAGUUCUAAUGGCGAACCCAGGAUUGAUGCACGGGCUAGGAGAAAGGAAGAGAUUGCGGCUAAUCUGCGAGAGGUCGUUGAUACCAUGAUGGAUAAUAUGAUUUGCAAGAUGGAGAGCAAGUCAUUUAUCCGAGGAGCAUACUAUAUUACUACUCAGAUCCUAACUAGAGCGUAUCAUCAAGGCAUCCAUGUUUCUAGCGAAGAGGUGCUGCGGCUUAGGAAAGUCGCUGAAGAGGCAGCCAAAAAGAAACAAUCCAUUGUAUUCUUACCUUGUCACAAGUCUCAUGUCGACUAUGCAUCCCUUCAAGUUAUCUGCUAUCGGCUAGGGAUAGCGCUCCCGGUUGUGGUUGCUGGAGACAACUUAAACAUUCCUUUACUCGGGAGCUUCUUGCAGCAUGCUGGUGCUAUGUGGAUUCGACGCAAGUUCGGGAAUGAUCCAUUGUACCAUGCUCUUGUUCAAGCAUACAUUGAUACCCUGUUGAGCAACGGCCAUAACUUUGAAUGUUUUGUUGAAGGCGGCAGAUCUAGAACCGGAAAACUCUUACCGCCCAAAUAUGGCAUUCUUAGAUAUGUUUUGGACAGUGUUGGCUCUGGCCGUGUGGAGGAUGCGCUUAUAUGCCCUGUCAGCACUCAGUACGACAAAGUUAUCGAAACCGAGUCAUAUAUCAGUGAGCUUCUCGGUCAACCGAAACAAAAAGAAAAUCUACGGGACUUUAUAUCCGCUUCCUCUGUUCUUUCACUGAAGCUAGGCCGAAUUGAUGUUCGGUUCCAUGAACCAUGGAGCUUAAAGCAAUUCAUUACCCAGCAGACUACCAAAAUACACCAUAUGCCCACUAAUGAGAGGAAUCUGAUGGCAACUAUCAGUCAGGAGGAGCGAUCAAGGAUCCUACGCACUUUUGGCUACCGUGUCCUUUCCCAGAUCAAUGACGCUUCGGUUAUCAUGCCCACCGCUCUCGUGGGCACUGUCCUUUUAACGCUAAGAGGUCGAGGUGUUGGUAAAGCUGAACUAUCCCGAAGAGUGGAUUGGCUAUGUCAUCGUGUCAAGGAAAAAGGUGGACGGGUUGCACAUUUCUACAGAGCACCAACAGCACAUGUUGUAGAGCGUGCCCUAGAGGUAUUGGGUCCAAAACUUGUGGGGAAAACGGCUGGACUGGCGGAAGAGACCUAUCAUGUCGUUGAUCGGUUCCAAUUGUCCUUCUACCGGAACAUGACCAUUCAUCUAUUCAUUCCUGAAGCUCUGGUAUCUGUCGCCCUGUACAGCCGAGUAAAGAAAGGCGGUGAACCAUCUAACCAGCAGAUAACUUAUGAUGAGCUUCUUACUCGUGUAUCUUUCCUAUCGCAGCUAUUCCGAGGGGAGUUUAUCUUCCCUCCAGAGGGCCUAACGGCAAACUUGGAGAAGACACUACAUGGGCUGGAAAGAGGAAAUGUGCUCAAGGUUACCAAAGACGCAUCAAACGUUCCACAGAUGAUUGAGCUCAGUGAGCAUGAGAGAAACUGUGGCCGUGAAAACUACGACUUCUACUGUUUCCUGUUGUGGCCAUUUAUUGAAGCGUGCUGGCUGGGAACUGUAUCUCUGAUAGGCCUAACACCGCCGCUUACAGACCCGACAAAUGUCUGGGUUGACAUGAAUAAGGCCCAAAGCAAUGCUCAGCUGCUCGGGAAAACAUUAUACUACCAAGGUGAUCUCUCUUACAUCGAAGCUGUCAACAAGGAGAUAUUAAAGAACUCCUACCAACGAUUUGAGGAAGAAGGCAUAAUUAUCACCGCUAAGAGCAAGGAAUCUCCUCAGCCACCAACGAUGCGAGUUUCGCCUGAAUGGGCGCCCGAAAGAGAUCCCGAGACAGGCAAACUACUUCCACAGGGGAAACUAUGGGAAUUUAUUCGCAUGAUUGCGCAAUCCCGUCGUGAAGGGAAAAACCGUCGUGAUGGAGAGACUAUCUCCACCCGCGUACUAGAGCUCAGCGAGGCUAUGGGAAGAACGCUCUUCCAGGCAGCACACCCAGUCAAACCUGCAUCUGCCGGCGGGGAAGUUGAGCUGUCUUCGCAGAUACAACGGCGACGAGCAAUUGAUACCGCAUCGAAGCUGUAG